AUGAGCCCAGCCAUACGCUCACGAGAGAGUGAGCAUAAACUGAGAUUCAAUCAAGAUGGCACAUUUCAAAUAUCCGUGUUCAGUGAUUUGCACUUUGCCGAAAAUGCUACACUCGACGACAUGACAAAAGAAGUGGUGGCAUAUGUUAUUGAAGAAGAAAAUAUCGACUUGGUCGUGUUGAACGGCGAUUUGAUCUCCGGAGAAGCCACCAACAGCUCCAAUGCCGGAGACUAUCUCGACGAAGUGGUAUCUCCGCUGGUGAAUGCUGGCCAAUUGUGGGCAUCCACAUAUGGAAACCACGAUAGCAAUGUCAAUUUGAAUCCAAUGAAGGACAUCUAUGACAAGGAGAGACGAUAUAACAACUCUUUGACGCAUAGCAUGAUCUCCUCGCAGGAUGCCGGCAUCACGAAUUAUUAUUUGCCUGUUUAUCCACACGAUACCUCCGAAAGCACCCCGGCGCUCAUUCUCUGGUUCUUCGAUUCGAAGGGCGGAAGCUAUCCGAUAAACAGUACGGAAGGAAGCGCUAGUGGCACAAGAAGUGAUUGGGUUAUUGAGUGGUUCCAAGAGACAAAUGCCAACCUAACAGCUCAAUAUCACACAAUGAUUCCCUCGAUAUCAUUUUACCAUAUUCCGGCCCAUGCAAUGCGUGAAUACCAGGAAGAAGGAGUGGAUUCAAACACGACACCUGGAUUGAACGGCGAGGAUGUGGUAUCGCAGGGAUCAGGGGAUACCGACUAUACUGGACAAGACCGUGCAUUUAUGAAGGCCCUCCUCAACACAACCGGUAUGAUUGCCACGUUUAGUGGCCACGAUCAUGACAAUGACUGGUGUUUCAAAUGGAACAGUGUCGUCGACAGAAAUCUAUCCGGUGAUGGCAUUUCUAUGUGCUAUGGCCGCCACACUGGCUACGGAGGUUAUGGCGACGCCGCCCGUGGCGGUCGCCAGAUUCUUUUCAACCAGAGCACUAUCCAAAACGAAGUCCGCACCUGGGUUCGUCUGGAGGAUGGGACGAUUUCUGCGCCAGUUACAUUGAAUCAAACUUAUGGUCAAGAUCAAUAUACAGCUGUGUUGCGUAGAGAACUACAAACCUCGGGGGCAUCCGGGUUUGAUAGUGGGUCAUUUUCGCUACUAUGGGCCGUUUGCCUGACAGUGUCCUCUUUAUUGAACAUGAUACACCUAUGA